AUGUAUUGUUUAUCGCAUCUAAAACUGAUUGGAUUCCGGACUGAAACCUCCAAGUUUCUUCUAACCGUCACUAGAAUGGAUUGUGAUACAGCGUUGGGUAACGGAACUGUGAACGGUGAUGUGCCCAGCAGUAAGAUGUGCAGCAACCCCGAUGAAUAUAAAUAUUUACAACAAAUCAAAUAUAUUAUGGAGAAUGGUGACACACUUGUGGAUCGUACCGGUGUAGGGACACGUUCCGUUUUUGGUUUACAUUCCACAUACUCACUUCGUAAUGGUGUGGUUCCAUUGCUGACAACAAAACGUGUCUACUGGACGGGUAUCGUCGAAGAACUGUUGUGGUUUAUUCGUGGUGAUACGAACUCAAAGCACUUGUCAGAAAAGAAUGUCAAGAUUUGGGAUGCCAAUGGAUCUCGCGAAUUCUUGGAUGGCAGAGGUUUCAAAGACCGCCCUGAAGGCGAUUUAGGUCCUUUGUAUGGAUUUCAGUGGCGGCAUUUUGGUGCGGAUUAUCGAGGUACUGAGGCUGACUACCGCGGACAGGGUGUCGACCAGUUGGCGCAAAUUGUCGAUCAAAUCAAAAACGAUCCGAACAGCCGACGGAUUAUUCUGAAUGCUUGGAAUGUGAAAGGUUUGUGUAUAUAUGUUUUGAUUCAUUCAAAAGUGAUU